UAGUAUAUUUCACCAAAAAUAGACCAUUCAAUGAAAGUAGCAUUUGUCAUUCCCAACAUGACCACAAAUCAAACUGAGUUUGCUCAGUAGUAUUGAUUUCUCAAAACAGCUGACUAUAAAUUUUAUCAUCUCCUUUUUGAGUAGAUUGGUAAACAGCCACUUUCAAGGUGUUUUUGGUAUGAUUUAGAACAAAGCACCGACUAUUUUUCUCAUGAAAUAUUUUCUCUGAGAGAUGGAUUAUAUUCGUGAGUUUGAUAUUCAGUUGGAAAAAGAAUAUUACUAUGCUGGAGAAACAAUAAAAGGAAAUGUUGUUUUGGAUACCAUUGAAAAUUUCAAACUUAGAACAAUAAGGGUGAUAUUGAGAGGAAAGGCACAUGCGGAGUGGAAAGUACUUCUCUCAGGUGAUCGAAGAACAGUAAAAGAUGACCAAAUUUUCGUUGAUGAAAGGCAUAUAAUAUGGGGUGAGAACAAUUUGGAAACAACUAUUCCUAUUCUUCCAAGGGGCGUACACAAAUUUCCCUUCAAAUUUCAUCUCCCUGAAUCAAGCUUGCCUUGUUCGUUUGAAAGUAAACCAGGCUACAUCAGAUAUUUUUUCAAAGUAACAAUAGAUAUUCCUUAUGCCAGUCCUCCUCAAGGCGUCAAAUAUUUUACCGUCAUUGGUCCUCAUAUAGAUUGUAUGGAGGAGCAAUAUCUAAAACCGCAAGUGUUGGAAAAUAGAAGGUCAACUUGUUGUUGGUGUUGCAAAAAAGGUACCAUCAACCUUCGAUGUGUUCUAGCGAGAUCUGCUUAUGUUUGUAAAGAAAGCAUAAAACUGAAAGUUACUAUUGACAAUCAAGGUGAAGAGGAAGUUAAAUUACGGGUUAAGCUCGAACAAGUAUGUGAGUUUUUUAUUGACAGAGGAGUACUUGGAGUUAGUAAGGAUUUGAAACAUCUUGUAUUCGAAUAUGGGGGAUGUCAUGUCAAGCCUCAUACCCGAAGCAAAUGGGACAGUUCCAAUUGUCUUGUAAUACCACCAAUGCCUACAACGUUAGUACAUAUAUGUCGACUGGUCCAGAUCUACUAUUUACUAACAGUUUAUUUGGACACAGAUAGAGAAUUUGAUAUACUACAAGUCAGUUGUCCAAUAACAAUAGGUACAGUGCCGUUCAGAAUCCCCAAUUCAAACAGAACCCCAGCAAUAAAAUAUGAUCAUGCUUGCCCUGUAGUGGAGGGUGGAAUGUAUUUGGCACCAGAAUUUCUGUUGGGUCAGGUGUACGAUGGAAAUGAACAUCAUUUGAGAGAUCCUCUAGUGUUAUACAAACCCCUAUAUGUGACGGUAGAUAAGUCUGAGACUACUUAAAUGUUUCAUCAAGGAGAAAAAUGGCAAUAAUAUUAAUAUUUAUAAUCGUGAAAGUACCUUACAGGGUGUUACCUCAAUUUUUGUUAUCACUGUUUGAGACUGAAAGAUAGUAAAAUUCCUAGUCAAUUUUUAUUUUACACCUAUUAAAUAAGUGAUCUCGAGUUGCCGAAAAAUACCUCAUGAAAACUUUAACAACAAAAAUGUACUUAAUGCAAAUUACCUAUAGAGCUAUUGCAAGGUUUUUUCAUGAGAAAUAGUUCAUUUUGAUCCAAUAUGUUUAGGUAAUUGUUGUAAAAUUAAGCUGUGGAGCUGGAGACUUGAAAUACUUUUUUUUUAGUAUGAAAGUUACUUAUGAAUAGUGACCAACUCAAGAAAUUAUUCUGUAAUUUCUUGUGAAUUUCUUGUGAAUAUAAUGGCUGAAUGUUAUUUGUAGGGGUACUCAAGUACCUCCUAAAAAAAUUAAAAAACAUUUCAUAACUAGAUCAGGUGUAGAGGGGGAGGGUAAAUUACUUUAUAUGCCCAGAAAUGUCAUUAAGUUUGAACUGUUCUGUUUUAAAUUUCCUUGAUUCUAGGGCAUACACUUAUUUUUACUUGAAUGAAUGUAUAUUUCUUUUAAUUUAUCGAACUUAAUUUUAUUGUCCUCCCAUUUUUUGAGUUCAAAGGUCCGAUAUAUUGUAAAUGACAGUAAAUUGUAUUUUUCAUUCACAAUUAAUCAAUAUUCGAAAAUAUUUUAACCACCUGACAUGUUCUAAAAUGCGGCACUUAGAAAUUUUCAAUUUUAUUGCAAUUAUCACUUAUCGAAUACAUUUAUAUUUGUACAAUAUUUCGUUAUUGAGAAAUAAUAUUUUUUGCACAAGCCACACCUGAAAAAUUUACUUUAUUAUACCUAUGUAUUUGUUAAUCCUUCAUGCUUUUAUCUUUCUUAUACUUAGGGAGUGGCAGAGUAUUAUUUACCUGAAAUAGGUGAUGAGUUGUAAACCUAUGAUCAUGGAUCAUGUCAAUGUGGUUAGAGAAAUAAUGUACGCCGAAAAAAGUAUUUGGCUUAUCUAGUGUGUAGGAAAAAUGCUAAUUUAUAUAAGACUCAGUCUGUGCUACCUUUGAAUUAUCUUUUUUUUAAUGUAUACCUCAGUUAGUUUUCAGCCUGUUUGAAGGUGGAUGACAAUGUUACGUGGUGAAUUUCAUUAGUUAUGGCUUUCACUGUCUUAUGUGAUAUAAAAUGUUUUGAAAUCCCUGAAAGAAU